ACAUCAUUAUUAUUUAGAAUGACUGCACCUAGGGAAAGCUGCUAAAUGCAAUUGCGCGAUAAAAGAAAAUAGGGGUAAGAAGCUAGAUACAAGAACAAUGGUGUACCUGGUGCGUGCGACCGAAUAAUAGCUUGUAAAAACGUCUAACGGGAGACGGUGCACAUAGGGAGGAGGGAAUGGUUGAAGGAGGAAGGGGUGUAGAAAGAAGGGAACACAGGAACACCAUACAAACAGUGAAUGUAAAAUUUAGGAGGCAUUUGGCGGCGAGAGAAGUGCUCCAGUUACGAAGACAGAAAUGAAAAAUUAGAAACAAUCUACCAAGCACAUUGGAAAUAAGUAAAUUAAUAAAUAAGACGAAGCGACCGUCAUCCGCAGGGAAUUUCCUUGCACCACCUGAACGCAACCGGGUCGGAUACUGGCACAGAGAGGGAGCAAGAGGCAUAGGGAAGGAGAGAAAGGACGGGAGUUUACCUAACUGUCUGUUUUGUGUCACUGCGAGAUUUCUGUCUGGGAGGAACGGAAAGAGAGAACGCGGAGUGACAGUGCAGCAGCGGCCGCUUUGAAGAUUCGCACAUGUCGGCACGUUUGAAACCGCCAUCCCCACCCUGUGUGGACCGCUACUCGUGCUGAAGCAGCAGAGCGGGCGGAAUUUUAUAAUAAAGAAUAAAUAAAAAAUUAAAAAAAGAAGAAGAAGAAGCGUGGAAAGCUACAGCGAGGAACUCGAACAGACGAUGACGGUGAAUUAGUUUAUUCAUAUUUUUGAUGGAAGAAACAAUUUACUAGAUUUGUAUGGGAUUACAUUGACUUUGCAACAUGGAAUAGCUGUAGGCCAGUGAAUUUGCCACACGUCCAUUUAAUCUUUGCGAGGAUCCGUUUAUUUAUAUCAUAUAUAUUUAAAUAAAUAGGCUACCAAUUUUAGGCCGGUGACUGACUGAUGACGCCAAUACGACAAAGCCUCUAUAGCCUAAUAGUAAUAAUACAUGGUUACCAUUAUCUCAGUAAGGAGAUUUAAAUACAUAAACUUAUGUCUCUGUCUGUGGGAUGUUUCUAUUUUAAAAUGCGCCCCGUUUUUCGGGUUUAUUUAAACGCACACAUUGGUUGAAACGUAUUUGAUAUCGUCCCCUUCUCUCUCGCCAAUUCUUUAACCUACACAUCUGCCGACUCCCCUCUGUUGAUUUCUUCCAUCUCGAUGCAAUUCCCAUACCCGUAUUAAUCUGUUUUUGGAUUAUCCACUCGGACCAAAAAAAGUGAGCUGAUUAGCUUAAUUAACACCGAAUCGACAGCCAGCCUGAUUCCACCCUUUCGCGGAACAACCCUCCUCUCUAUAAACACCGCCGCCGUAGCGAUGGAGACGACUAAGCUGCCUCCGUCCAGCCCCUCGUCGCCGACCACCGGCUUCUCGGUGCCGAGUGCGGAGAAGGUGGAUGGUUUCCCGCGACGGUCGAUGCGCCGAGCCCGGCAGCGUCGCUCGCACAGCUCGUCCCAGUUCCGCUAUCAGAGCUCACAGGUCGAGUUGACGCCACUGCCCCUGCUCAAAGACACGCCGGUGGCCGAGCUCCAUGACCUCUUCUGCAAGAAGCUGCAGCAGUGCUGCGUGCUCUUCGACUUCCUGGACUGCGUCGCCGACCUCAAGGGCAAGGAGAUCAAGAGGGCGGCCCUCAACGAGCUGGUGGAGAGCGUGGCCACCAGCAGAGGCAUCCUCAUCGAGCCCCUGUACCCGGAGGCCAUCAAGAUGAUCUCAGUGAACAUCUUCCGCACGCUGCCGCCCAGUGAGAACCCGGAGUUCGACCCGGAGGAGGAUGAACCCACGCUGGAGGCCUCCUGGCCUCACCUCCAGCUGGUCUAUGAGUUCUUCCUCCGCUUCCUGGAGAGCCCAGACUUCCAGCCGUCGAUGGCCAAACGUUACGUGGACCAGAAAUUUGUUUUACAGCUGCUGGAGCUGUUCGACAGCGAGGACCCGCGCGAGAGGGAGUACCUGAAGACCAUCCUGCACCGCGUCUACGGGAAACUGCUGGGCCUGCGCGCUUAUAUACGCAAACAGAUCAACAACAUCUUCCUCAGGUUCAUCUACGAGACUGAGCAUUUCAAUGGAGUGGCUGAGCUGCUGGAGAUCUUGGGCAGCAUCAUCAAUGGCUUCGCUCUGCCUCUGAAGUCAGAGCACAAGCAGUUCCUGGUGCGCGUGCUGAUCCCCCUCCACACUGCCAAGUCCCUCUCCAUCUUCCACGCACAGCUGGCAUACUGUGUGGUACAGUUCAUGGAGAAGGACGCCACCGUCACAGAAUACAUCAUACGAGGCUUGUUGAAGUACUGGCCCAAGACUUGCACCCAGAAAGAGGUGAUGUUCCUCGGGGAGAUAGAGGAGAUUCUGGAUGUGAUUGAACCCUCACAGUUCAUCCGCAUCCAAGAGCCGCUCUUCAAACAAAUCGCCGCUUGCAUCUCCAGCCCUCACUUCCAGGUUGCAGAGCGGGCUCUGUACUUCUGGAAUAAUGAAUACAUCCUAAGCCUGAUUGAGGAGAACUGCCCGGUCAUCCUGCCUCUGGUGUUUGCCACCCUCUACAGAGUCUCCAAAGAGCACUGGAACCAGACCAUCGUGUCUCUCAUCUACAACGUGCUGAAGACCUUCAUGGAGAUGAACAGCAAGCUCUUUGAUGACCUCACUGCCUCCUAUAAGGUGGAGAAGCAGAAGGAGCUGAAGAGGGAGAGGGAGCGGGCUGAGCUGUGGCGGGGGCUGGAUGAAUAUCAGGAGCGGAGGCUGCAGAGUCUGCAGGAGGCCAGCCGCAACCAGCGCAACCUGCAGGAGCGACCCAGUCCGACCCAGCCCGACCCAGAACUCAGCAGCACCAACACCACCUAGAGCCCCGCGACAUGGAGACUCCCCCCGCCCUGAAACACUCCUGCAUCACAGAGCCCAGAUACACGCCCUGAGCCAACCACAGCACAAUACACACUCAUGCAGAACGCACGCGCACUCACACACACACACACACACACACACUGACACAGAGAAACAGCCCCAGACACAUACACACGCCCGCAUUCAAACACCCACACAUACUGUUCACCCGCACACAUGCAAACACAUACUGUACAUACGCACUGGCACACACACACAUAUACAUACUGUUCACACACACACGCACGCACACACACCCAUACGCAAACACACACACACACACACACACACACACACACGCACACAUGCAAACAUACGCCCACAAUCACACCCACAUUGCAUCUCAAGCACCUACAAUACAUAAACACAUAAACACUCUGCACCUACACACACUCAUACUCACACAUAUGUUAAUACUUGCAUACACACGUUUACUCAUACGGAUACGCAAACUCUGCUGUUCACACAUGCUCUUGCGAUCUCCACGACAUUCUGUACAGAAAUGUGCAUGUUAUUUUUGGAUAUUCACACACAGACGCAGACACAUAAAGACACAUGCCUCGCCACAUACAGCACCAGUGGUACACUUCAGAACUUGUAACAGUUCUCCUGGGUUCGACCCAAACCUCCAACCAGAUCACACAAGUGGAGUUUUACUGUCCCAAAAAAAGUAAGAGGAAUGAUGAUAUCAUAGGAAUGAUUUAAAAGAAUGGUAAUACUGUUCCUACUUCUAAUACUUAUUCUACUACUACUAAUGUUUUAUAUAUAUACAUAUAUAUGUAUGACUCUAGUGUCGGUGGGGGUAACUUAGUGUAGUACUGCAUUAUCUCAGCAGACCUGCUGCUAGACUAAAAUGUUCUAAUGAGGAUGAAUUAUUCUAGUCUAUUCAUAUUCUCAAAAGAAAAGAGAGAAAAAGUUGUUAUUUUAGCAAUACCUUUAGUUUUGAAAAGUGUGUUAAUGGUUUGGGGGAGGGACUAAUGAACCCCUCCCGGUCCUUUACGUAAAAAAACUCGAUGCUGUCUCUCAGUACCUUCUGUCUAUUAAUUUCAAGGUUGAAUUUGUUAAGAUUUUUAAUUUUUAUUUUUGUAUUUUUGUUUUUUGCCAAUUUAUUGUGUUUGGGUUCAUUUCGUGUGGAAUUGUGACCGUGGUGGAGAAAGAGGAUUUAGGAAGACGUGGGGAUGAAUCAGACCAGCGUGUGUGUGCGCGUGUGUGUGCGCAUGCGUGCGUGUGUGUGUGUGUGUGUGUGUGUGUGUGCUUUGAAGGUGCCAGUGAUAGAGAAAUAGUGGAAUUGUGGAAGGGAAGGAGGGGUUAGAAGUAUGUGAAACCCCUCCUUUACUUUCAAAGAACAGGGUUCAAAGUAGAAUGUAACACUUUGAUUGUGCUUUUAGCUUUUUGAAAUUGUAGCUACUGGUAGCUGGUUUUCAAUACCAAACCUACACUUUUCAACACCUUUGACCUGUUUUUCUGUAUUCCUCCGAUGAUGUGUAUUCACUUCCUCACCUAUGUUUCGACCAACAAUUCUGUCUAUCAAUGUGGUGUGAAUAUCUAUUCAAGGAAGACCAGAGUUACCGUUUAAUAGCCAUUAAUAGCAGCAAACCCAUGGGUCUGGUUCAAAAGAGAUGGCAAUAAUCGAAUAUUUUGACAUAUUUAGACAAAAGAUGGAAGCUAAUGUAGCAUCUCAAAACUGAAAUUUGUCCUCAUGCCUGAUGUUCAUGUUUAAGCAUUUAAGUGUAGUCUGGGGACAAACAGCCCUGGGACAUGAAUGUAUGAAUUUGCGAGAAUGAGACUUGAAGCAGGAAAUCAUCUAAUUUCAGAGUGGAAAAUCAAUGAAAAAAAAGGAACAGGACAUUUAAUUUUUGUGUCAUUUUUUUCUUUCUCCAAAACACAGUACACACACAAAAAUGCUGAAAAUAAAAGUUGCACAUCUA